AUGGCUUCGCAGGGCACUGCGAAGCGGGCGGCCACAAAACGCAUGCAAAACCCGAAGGCCCAGGGCCCGACUAGCUCCCGAGGUGUCCAACGGUGUGUGGGCAUCGGUGGGCUUGAGGCCCCGGCUUUGGCGGCGAUGGCCGGAGCCGCCAUGCAAGGUGCAGGGCUGAAGCUGAAGGUUUGGGCCCUUGCCAAGCUUCACCACCUCGGCGCCGCACUGAUGGCUCGAGUUGGGGCCUCUUUGAGCAACUUCUUUUGGGAGCUAUGUGGGCGAAGGGACCCAGUUCCACGUGAAGUGGAGGUGGAUGUCUCAGAGGAGGCAAUCGCGCGGAUGUCCGCCGGGUCCCUGGCCGGAGGGAGGUGUGGUGCAGUGUUCCAGGCUUUGGUGGUGCAGAAGCCAAUGGCACUGCUCACCCCUGCCGAUGGCAACCAGAAGCCCCGCACAGCCUGA